CACCUCCAGGCAGCCCUCCCAGGUACUCAACCUGCUCCGCCCCCAGACUUGGGGGUGGAGGGGUGUGCUGAGGGUCAAGGGUCACCAGGAGGACCAGGUCCCGGAAGCGGAAGCGCAGUGCACUUCCGGCGCGCAGCAGGCGGCCAUGUUGGAGCGGCGGAGGCGGCGCAGAGGUGCGUCCUGGGUCCCCGCGGCGGCGCCGUCUUCUGUCAACUUCCUGUGCUGGCCCCAAAGGAAUGUGUGAAGGCAAAUCGGCUGCCGCCUCUGUUUACAAAGCUUCUUGAAAUCCAAGAAGCACCUUCCCAAGGGCUCAGAAUGACUUAGGCGAAGAGCUGCGUGGUCCCCGCCCCCCAACAUAAGCGCCGGGGUACUGGGGUGGGAGGUACCAAGUGCUGGUUUGUGGAUGCCCAGGCAGAUCUGCAGUGCCCAAUGCCAUGAGCAUGGUAGUGCAGCAUGUGGAGGAGAAAGCUGUGCAUUCGUGGUCACGCAUCUCCACAGCAGGGAAGAAAGCCCUGGAAGAGGCCCUCCUUGUGUUUAAUCCCAUGAGCCAGGAUCUCAGUGCCACAGAGGCCCAGCUUGUGGCCUUCCUCCAGGGUCUUCGAGAUGAUGGCUUCCAACCGACCAUUCUUCGAAGUGGGGAUGUCUAUGGUUAUAGUUCAUGUACAGCCAGCCCCCCCAGCCAGACAAAGCUACAAGCUCGUACCAUCAACCCACCUGCCACGUCACUUCCUGCCAGGGCUCCCCAAACUGCUAAGUCAGUCCCUACAGGCCAGACCACCUUGCUCCCUGUGCCACUGUCUGGCAGGCUGGCUAAAGGGUCCACACCAGCCCUUGCCAAGCACACUACCACUAACCUGCUGCUGAGCUCCCUGAAGCAGUCAAAUGCCAGCAACACCAGUGGUACAACAGUAGGCUUCCCUGCCCACCUCUAUCCAGGCGUCUACCCCGCCAUGCAGCUCUCUGUGGUCCUUGAAGCACUAGUCCCACUCAAGACUCCCUGCUUGGAUGUUAAGCAUAGGGCACAGUCAUUGCAGCUGUCACUUGCAAAAUCUUCCCUAAAACUGAGGAAAGGUUCAGGGAACCCACAGUCCAAAGCACCCAGAAGAAUCACAAGCAAGGGCCUCAAGUAUCUGACUAGCAAAGGCCCUGGGGCUGGUCUCCGACGAGGUGCUGGAACCCAGAGCAAUGGCGCCCGAAUGAAAGGGCGCUCUACCUUGGGCACCAAAACAGUCCGGGGCAAGGCACCUCGAACCCUGACCAAAGCUGUUUGUGCUCGUGCCAGUGUGGCUCCAGCCAAGACCAAGACAGUAAGGGUCAGGGCCAAAGUAAAGCAGGCCAAGCCCAAGGCAGCCAAAGCCAAAGCCAAGGCCGCUGCGCUGAGGGGCAAGGCCAAAGACAAGGCAGUCCAGGCCAAGGCCAAAGCAGCUCGGACCAAGCACAAGAAAAGGCCAAAGGGAUAUGUUCAGACCAGAACUGGAAGAACAAGCCUGAAAAAUAGCUCUGAGACUGUGGGGCAGAAGAGGAAGAAGGCUGAGGAGACCAAAGGUCUUCCUCCUAAGAAGAGAGCACGGUGUGUACCCCGAUCUAAGGCACGGCUGGGAACUGGAACAGCUAAACCUCAGAAGUCCCAGACCAUAAAGGUAGACAGGAAGUGCUCAGACGAUGAGGUUCGACAGUGUGCCCAACAGAUCCUCCGUGUGAAUCUCUCUCCUGUAGUAUUGCUCCAGCCAUUGCUGCCAGUUUGAUUCCAUACUCCCCGUCCUGGGUCCUUGCCACAGUACUUGGGAGAAGAGUUGAGCUGUCCUUGUGGCCAGCAGCAGUGUGCAGUGCUCACAACUGCAGCUUCCUGGACUCUGGGAACCCCCGGGACCCCUGUGGUCACCAACAUCCUUUCAGACACUGAGGGUUUGGGUGGGGUGGGUUGUGGGAGGGGUGUUCUCAUGGCUCAAUGCACUGUGACUUGUUCUUCAAAUUGUAUAUCCACCGUUCAUCUAUCAUACUUUAUACCUUUCCGCCUUCCGGUCUCCCUGCUCACCCUCCAUGGUCUUAUUGGUUGAUUUUGGUGUGUGGGAGCUAGUGGCUGUCAGAAAUCUAGCAGCAGGCUUGGAGAGAGUGCCCUAGUAGCUUGAAGCAGGUCAUUAAUUUAAAUGAUAUGGUGAGGAUGAUGGAAUGGUGCCCUCAGGCUUCUGGAGAGAGGUGGGGAAAUUCUGGUGCUUGUUUCUGUGAAUGUGUGAGAGAUCCCAAGGGGAGGGGCAGAGACACUCCUUGAGUGUCCCAGUUUUGAACCAGAUGGGCCCCAUUCAAAAUUGUUUGCAGCUCAGUGGGAAAUGCAGCACCAAGCAGGUUUUUAGGCCAGGGAAAGAAGUCUUUGUGGUACUGCUCUCUAGAGGCCAGGCUUUAAGGUUUUGCCUGGGCUUUUCUGGGGGGAGGGGACGUGCUUAAAAGACUUGAAGUGCCGCUUUUCUGCUAAGGUGACCAACCUCAAUUUUCCCAGUUGGUAACAAGAGGUUAGGCUGGACCACAAAACCUUCCUAACUGUCCAGAGACUUUUCUCUGUGGUAACUGGUGACAGAACCAAGGAGGCCUCUACCCUUACCUCAGCAGUGCUUUCUGACUGAUUUCUACAAACUCUGUCUUACUCUGGAGUCCAACCUCACCACGCCCCCUAACAUGGCCUGUGCACAGUGGACAUUGUUGGUCCCUUCUGCUUUGGAGAAGCUGGGCCCUCAGUGGGAGCAGCAGUUGAGGCUGGAAGACCGUGCUUAGGUAAAGAGCGAGCACGUCAUCCUUGUACUUGGGAAUUAGAGUACGAGUUUGAUGUCAGUAUAAGCUACAUAGUGAGACCCCCUCUGCCUGUCUUUGGUUGUUUUUUUUGAGACAGGGUUUCUCUGUGUAGCCCUGGCUGUCCUGGAACUUGACUUUGUAGUCCAGGCUGGCCUCAGACUCAAAGAUCUGCCUGCCUCCGCCUCUGCCUCCGCCUCUGCCUCCGCCUCUGCCUCCGCCUCCGCCUCCGCCUCCGCCUCCGCCUCCGCCUCCGCCUCCGCCUCAAGCGCUGGAAUUAAAGGCAUGGGCUACCAGACCAAGCAAGGGGAAUGGCUUACUGGUUAAGAGGAUUUAGCUGCUUUUUCAGAAGACCCUGUUGUGGCUCCCAGGAAAGGCAGCUCACAAACGCCUUUUUCUGCCUUCAGGGGUCUUACAUCUUCUUACGGCUUCGGUGGUCACAGGCAGACAAACACACAUACAAAUAAAUGUUUAAAAAAAUAA